GAAAGAACUGCAUGCGGCGCAGGAAUCUUGUUAUAAAACCAUUAUUUUCAAAGAAAAUCAUAAUAUUAUUAAAAAAUAAUAAUGUCUUUGUUAAAACAAAUCAGUUUGUUAACUAACUUACGCAAUGCGGCCAUUAAAAUCUCUGUGCGAACGUCAUCUACCAAGGGAGUAACAUUGUCAUACGACAAAGAUCCGCAACCUUUAUUUACCGAUCCAGAGACACAAAAGUUGUUAAAAUCCAUUACCCAGUUAAAGCUCAACAAAAUAUUUCGUAAACAUACCACCAAGGAUAAUUCGGUAGAAUAUAAAUUCAUGACCACCGAAGAGUUGGAGGAAGAGUUCCGUAAAACCGUAGAAAAAGCCAAAAUAAAGUUACAAAUGCCACCAGUAGUUAAUAUUAAAGAAGAUGAACAGAGAAUAAUUUCAGAGGAUAAAGCCUUAAAAGGAUUUUCUAAUACAAAAUUUGUUAUUACAGACAUUACCUUCGGUGUACGUAAUACCGAUCGUAAAGUAGUGGUACGUGAAACAGAUGGUACUUUGCGUUAUGCCCCCAUGGAUGUAGCCAAGCGCAUGAAACAACUGUACGUGCCCAUGGAGGGUCGUAAUAUACAGUUACCUAAAAUGUUUGAAGAUGAACACUUGCAAAGAUGUUUGGAAGAACAUAAGUAUGAAUUCAUUUUGGAUCGCAUUUUGGUUCAGUACGAUCCCAACGAAUCGGAAUUCCAUAGGAUUAGCGCUAAGGUAUUUCAGCAUUUGAAUGAAACCAAAGAAUUCGAACAAUUGCGUUCAACUCGCCACUUCGGUCCUAUGGCAUUUUUCUAUGCCUGGCACAAAACGAUCGAUGAUCUGCUGUAUGACAUGAUUAGACGUGAUUAUUUGCGAAAUGGCGCUGAACUCAUUUCUCUUUAUUAUAAAAUCCACAGUAUGUCAGAAAAUUAUUCCGAACUUUUGGCCAAACUUGAUCAGUAUAAUGGUUUAGAAGAUCCCGCCCUUAAAGAAUUAAAAAGUACUUUGAAAUCUUCGAUCAACGAGGAUAUACACGAAGAAAUUGAAACAGCCAUUGGAAAGUCAGCAAAAGACUUUGAGGUAGAUGAAUUAUGUUUGAAAUUUAUCGAUAACUAUGUAGCCUCUCAUGCUCUAAAGAAAGUACAAUUGGAACUGGCCAUACAAACGCUGAAAGAAAUUAAUGCUGAAAAGAAACAACUGUAUGAGGGUCUAAGUAAGGCACAUGGAGUACAAAAAUCAAGUUAAUUUUAUGAAAUUGUUGAAAUAUUGUUUAUUAUAAACUAGUAAUCUAAAAUAAAGGCAGUCGAGAAUAAAAACGAAAAAUAACAAUGUAAAAA